AUGGAGAGAGGCGAGCCAAGAGCUUAUGAUUUCAAUUGGGAUGCUAUUCAUUUUGAUGACCCGGACUUGAGUAGCCUCGGGGAGCCAUUCACCGAGGAGGAGGUGCGGAAUGCGAUCAAUCAAAUGCCCGGUGAUAAGGCGUCGGGACCGGAUGGGUUCACGGGCAUCUUCUUCAAGAAGUGUUGGGACAUUGUCAAAGUCGACGUCAUGAACGUCAUUCACCUAUUUGGGGGCCUCCACGCCGAGAAUUUCCAUUGGCUUAACUCCGCCAAUAUUGUCUUGUUGCCCAAGAAGGAGGGGGCGGAGCAAAUCGCCGACUUUCGGCCCAUAAGCUUAAUCCAUGCCAUCGCCAAGAUCAUUUCCAAAAUGCUUGCACUUCGGCUUGCGCCUCUCAUGGAUGAGCUUGUCUCCAACGCGCAAAGUGCAUUCAUCAAGAAAAGGAGUAUACAUGAUAAUUUCCUCUAUUUCAAGAACCUUGCCACAAGAUUCCACAAAAACAAGACCCCGGCUUUGCUUUUCAAGCUUGAUAUUAGGAAGGCUUUCGACACUGGUCCUUCUCAAUGGGUUGGCCGGCUCCCCAUUACCCAUGGCCGGGGCUUGUGUCAAGGCGACCCCCUCUCCCCGCUCCUCUUCGUAAUCGCCACUGACCCGCUCACACAAAUAUUGGAGCAUGCUAGAACCCUCGGCCUCAUACAUAAACUUCGUGGUCGCGGGAACAUCCUUAGGACCUCCUUAUAUGCGGACGAUGCGGCGGUGUUCGUGGCCCCCUUCAAGGAGGACAUCCAAAAUUUUGCAAAUAUCCUCAACGGCUUCGGCGAGGUGACCGGCCUUUGUACCAACUUCCAGAAAAGCUCCGUUGUUCCUAUCCGGUGUGGCCAUGUGGACCUUGAUGAUGUGCUUGAAGAACGGGCUGGCGACUCAAGGAAACCGAAUAAGCCGAAAUAUUCCAAAUUUUCACAGCAGGAGCUUCCAGCAUGCAAGCCAGUACUGACACCUAAAAUUGUCGUUACUGUCUUCUUGCUAAUUGCGUUCCUAUUCAUUCCAAUUGGGGUUGUGACUCUGAAUGCAUCACGACAGGUUGUCGAACUGGUGAAGAGAUAUGAUAUAAGCUGUGGGCCCACGCAUGACAAGAUCGGGUUCAUUCAGAAUUCCGAGACUGAAAAAACAUGCAAUAUCACACUGCAGGCGACUAAAUACAUGAAGAGUCCAAUCCUUGUAUAUUACCAGAUUGGCAACUUCUAUCAAAACCAUCGAAGGUAUGUGAAAAGUCGAAGUGAGAAACAACUCCUGUACAAGAGUGCUUCCCAUUUGACAAAAGCAUGUGAUCCUGAAACUAAUACCACUGGUGGUGCUCCAAUUGUUCCAUGUGGCCUUGUUGCUUGGAGUCUAUUCAACGACACAUUCACAGUUGAGGUCAAUGGGGAGACUAUUGAAGUAAAUAAAAAGGAUAUAGCUUGGAAAAGUGACAAGAUGCAUAAAUUCGGCAAUGACAUCUAUGCUAGUAACUUCCAGAAGGGAAAACUCAUAGGUGGUGCUAAGCUAAACCAGAGCAUACCAUUAAGUGAGCAAGAAGAUCUCAUUGUUUGGAUGCGAACAGCUGCCUUCCCAACUUUCAGAAAGCUAUAUGGCAGAAUUGAGAAAGAUAUCAUGGAGAAUGCUACAAUAACUGUGGUUAUACAAAAUAACUAUAACACAUAUAGCUUUGGAGGAUCAAAAGCGGUGGUCCUUUCUACUGCAUCUUGGAUUGGAGGAAGAAAUAAUUUCAUUGGUAUUGCGUAUCUGACUAUUGGUGCUUUAUGCCUUUUCCUUGCUAUGGGCUUUACAGUUCUGUUCAUGGUUAAGCCAAGAGAUGGAUAGAUAUACCCUUCUACAUCAAAGCCAAUAGACUGAAGUUCGCUUUCUUGGGAAUAAAGGAGGAUUUCAGUGGGUAAUUUCUUC